AUGAUCCCAGACCACCUUUUCGACGAAGGAAUAAACCAUAAUUCGUAUCUGCAAAAUGAUAUGAAACAUGUUCAAAUGAACAAAACUGUUCACAACAAGACGCAGAGAGACUACGAGCAAGAGCAACGCGACCUGCUGUGCUCGCAAGAUGGCGACACGUGUGAGAUCCACGACCAGUUCUACCGCGACCACAAACUGCUGCUGGUGCUGUUCCGCGCGCUGGCGGUCAUGCCUAUCACGAGGUCGGGCCCAGGCACCGUCACAUUUAGUUGGCGAUCAGGCGCCACCAUCUACGCCAUCUGCUUCUACAUAGUGAUGACCAUUGUAGUGCUGGCAGUCGGCUAUGAGCGUGUGAUGAUCCUCAGUUCUAUUCGCAAGUUUGACGACUAUAUUUAUGCCAUUCUCUUCGUCGUAUUCCUAAUACCACAUUUCUGGAUCCCCUUCGUGGGAUGGGGCGUCGCGCCUCUAGUUGCUAUCUACAAAACGAAUUGGGCGAAGUUUCAAGUCAGAUACUACCGAGUCACUGGCGAAAACCUUCAGUUUCCCGGACUUAAAGUGUCGAUCAUUAUCGUCAGUGUGGGCUGUCUGUUUCUCGCUGUUGGCUUCCUUCUAAGCCUGUGUGCCUUACUCGACGGGUUCCUGCUCCGUCAUACCACCGCAUAUUACCAUAUCAUAAUCAUGAUCAAUAUGAACUGCGCUCUAUGGUACAUCAACUGUAAAGGCGUGAAGUUCGCGUCGCAAAGCCUCUCGGAUUGCUUCCGCAGGGAUGUAAAUAUGGAAUGUACCGCGAAACUGAUAGCCCGUUACCGCUAUCUGUGGCUAAACCUCUCGGAACAACUACAGCUAUUGGGCAAUGCUUACGCCAGAACCUAUUCUACCUACUGCCUCUUCAUGUUCGUAAAUAUAACGAUAGCGAUAUACGGCGCGCUGUCAGAGAUUGUUGAUCACGGAUUUGGAUUCAGCUUCAAGGAGAUGGGACUAUUCGUGGACGCGGCCUAUUGCUCUGUUCUGCUCUUCGUAUUUAUCGACUGUUCCCACAAUACUACUCUUAAAGUGGCAGCUGGCGUGCAGGAUACGUUGUUAUCUAUUGAUGUGUUGUCCGUGGACAGGCCGACGCAGAAAGAGAUCGAUCUGUUCAUCCAAGCCAUUGAGAUGAACCCAGCUGUGGUCAGUCUGAAGGGAUAUGCUCACGUUAACAGGGAGCUGCUUACAUCGGCGAUAAGUAUGAUCACCAUUUAUCUGCUCGUACUCCUACAGUUCAAGAUUUCUCUUCCGAAAGAGGCCCCGGCCCUCGUGGACACCUGAGUGAAG